AAAGAUACGCUGCUCUGAAAGUAAUACUGUGUAUUACGAAACUUAGACGAGCUAAACAAGCCAAAAAGCGCGCAUGGAUGCGUUCAUGGUUAGCUCGUCGGGAAAGUGAAAGUGUGUACCACAGGCUGUUGAAAGAGCUGAGUUUAGAGGAUCACGAGACUCUGAAGAACUGGACCAGGCUGGACAAGGACCAGUACCACAGACUUCUUGAGUUAGUAACACCUCUCAUCGCCAAAAGUGACACUAAGAUGAGGAAAGCUGUCACUGCAGGAGAGCGUUUGACACUGACACUUCGUUACUUAGCCACAGGGGAAUCUCAAGUUUCACUCGCCUACCAGUUUCGCAUCAGCCACAACCUCAUCUCUUCAAUAAUACCUUCAGUAUGUAGAGCCAUCUACCAAGUUCUGCAGCCACAGUACCUUCAUCUACCAAGAAACCAAAGUGAGUGGCAGCAUGUUGCAAGCCAGUACUAUGCAAGGUGGAAUUUUCCUAUGUGCAUUGGGGCUCUAGAUGGCAAAAGGGUACUAAUUUCUAAGCCACCACGUUCUGGGUCUGAAUAUUAUGACUACAAGGGCCAUUUUAGUCUCAUCAUGAUGGCACUUGUAGAUGCAGACUACAAAUUCAUGUAUGUUGACGUAGGUGCUAGUGGUCGAGCUAGUGAUGCUGGAGUGUGGGAGAGAUGUGGCCUCAGAGAUGCUAUCGAGGGAAAAAAAAUAAAUAUUCCAUCUUCUACCUCUAUUCCAUUCACCAGGAGGCAGUGUCCUUUUGUAAUAGUUGGUGAUGAUGCCUUUCCUCUCAAAACGUACCUCAUGAAGCCAUAUCCUGGGAAAGACCUACCCAAUGAAAAGCUAGUUUUCAACUAUCGUCUGUCACGUGCAAGGCGUACAUCUGAAAAUGCUCUUGGAAUAAUGGCUGGUAGAUUUCAGAUUUACAAAAAAUCUAUCAACACAUCUCCUGAGAAUGUUAAAGAUAUAGUUCUUGCCACUGUAGUACUCCACAAUUAUCUACGGGUAAAUUCUGGAAAAAAGCACAACACACAUGGAGAGCAUAGGCAUGAAGAAGUGGAAGACGUCCUCCAGGAAGCAUUUCAGAGACUACCACCCAUUGGCCGAGGUCACAGUAAUGAUGCUAAGGUGGUGCGGAAACAUUUGAAGAAUACUUCAAUAAUGAAGGAAGUGUCCUUGGCAAGCAGAGAGAAUGCUCAUGCACUAAUUCUGCUAUGA